ACGCACGCAUACAACAACUUAGUAGUGAGAGAGAGAGAGAGAGAGAGUAUGGCAGAUCUUAACAAGCAGUCAUUCUCGAUAUUUUCUCUCAUCCUAGUGAUGAUUAGUAUUGGUGCUUUCGCUCGAGCGGAGCAAUGUGAGGAUCAAAUUGAGGACCUGGUGAGCAAAUGCGGUCAGUAUGUGCAAUGGAUUGCAUCAAGGCCGGAGGAUGCUUCAAGAGAUUGUUGUGCUGUGGUGAAGAGAGCGGAUGUGAAGUGCGUAUGUGAUCAUGUCACGGAGGAAGUUGAGAUGGCUAUUGAUAUGGAUAAAGCGGUGGCUGUUGCUGCUAAGUGUGGGAGGCCAAUUCCUCCGGGAACACAAUGUGGAGCUUAUCGUGUUCCUCAUGAAUGAGCUCCAAAGAGGAAGACACUGAAAUGGAUAGUAUUAGCAUUAUAUUAAUUCGUACCAAAUGGUAUCAAAAGUCUUAGGUGAGAAAUUGUAUCCGAACAUAUAUAGUAUUGAAAUUGGUAUCUCUAUUAUCUCUUACGAUUGUGAGAAGAAAGUUGGGAUGGAACAAAAACUAUGUUACAAUGAGUUCUCCAAUAUUUUCUUAGUCUUUCAUCAGA